UUCUAUCCGCCAUCCGGUAGUAACGUGGCCAGUAACGAUACAAUUACAUACGUGCUGCGUCAUAACGCAUGUCUGUGCGAGGUUCUUUAGGAAUAAUAAUCUAAAAGCACAAAUUAAACGUUGAACCAGAACAGUGCCAUUUCCUUCUACUAGCCACAUCAACACUGGGAUUAGAGCAGGCGCGGUGGUCUGAUAUACGGCAGUAUACAUUCAUGAAACGUGCUUAAUCUGUGGACUCUGGCUAAAGACACAAUACCUUCAACGGGGAUGGCUGAGACGUCGUGUGCGUCAGUGACCAGCUGAGGUCUGCUGAGAGCUCGCUCUACUCAUCUGGCUGAGAGCAUGUACAGGAAGAAUGGACUCCCUGUCAGUGUCAGCAUCACCUCUGCCACCCAGGACAGCAGUAGUUCGGAGUCUUUGGAUUGGCAGAGUUUGGAUUCCGCUAAAAGCUAUGACGCGGUGGUAUUUGACGUGCUCAAAGUGACACCUGAGGAGUUUGCUGGCCAGAUCACUUUGAUGGAUGCUCCUGUAUUCAAAGCAAUACAACCUGAGGAGUUGGCCAGCUGUGGAUGGAAUAAGAAGGAAAAGCACAACCUUGCACCCAACGUGGUGGCCUUCACCCGGAGGUUCAAUCAGGUCAGUUUCUGGGUGGUGAGAGAGAUACUGACAGCACAGACUCUGAAGAUCCGUGCUGAAAUUUUGAGCCACUUCAUCAAAAUUGCAAAGAAGCUACUGGAGUUGAAUAACCUGCACUCUCUGGUGUCUGUGGUGUCGGCCUUACAGAGUGCACCGAUCUUCAGAUUGAGCAAGACCUGGACACUCAUCAGUCGAAAGGACAAGGCCACUUUUGAGAAGCUGGACUUCUUGACAUCAAAAGAGGAGAACUACACCCGGAUGAGAGAGCACAUCAAGUCCCUCAAAAUGGUUCCCUGCAUUCCUUAUCUGGGAAUAUAUUUGUUUGAUAUGACCUAUAUCGACUCUGCCUACCCAGCCACCGACAGCAUCAUAGAGACCGAGCAGAGAACCAAUCAGAUGAACAAUCUUCUCCGGGUCAUCUCUGACCUUCAGAUGUCCUGUAACUAUGAUCACUUGCUGACAUUACCACAUGUACAGAAGUACCUGAUGUCAGUGCGCUACAUUGAGGAACUGCAAAAAUUUGUGGAGGAUGAUAAUUACACGUUGUCUUUGAGGAUUGAACCUGGGAGCAAUUCGCCUCGUCUGGUAUCUUCCAAGGAAGACCUUGGAGGACCAUCGGAAGAGUCCUUCUCAGUGAAGUAUAACCGGAGACCAACCUGUCCUGAUACGUCAGUUGUAUCUCAUUUGCCUACACCCCCACCAGCCCGGCACAGAAAGAGUCACAGUCUGGGAAAUAACAUGAUGUGCCAGUUUGGUGUAGCAGAGAGUAAGAGUACCACUUUUUCUGUGAAGGAAAAGGCUCGUCAUCUACUGGACGACAGCUUUUUAGAGUCGCACAGCCCUGUCAGGAAUCACACACACGACUCUGUCUUCACCAACGGCAUCUCAUUAGGUAGUAGAGAAAGCAUCUUCAGUGAUGAGUUGUCAUCUACUGUUGAAAGAGGUCGUAUGUAUGCUACUCUUGGCCCAAAUUGGAGGGUUCCAGUCCGUAACUCUCCUAGAAGCAGAAGCUAUGUUUACAGUGCCUCAGGGGCCAUGUCCAGUUAUGAGUGCAGCUCAUUAAGCAGUAUCACCAUUGAAGGGCCUCUGCGGAGGAAGACUGUGAUGAAAGAGGGCAAGAAACCUACAUUGUCAUCAUGGAAGCGAUACUGGAUUGUUCUUUCUGGCUCAACUCUAAUAUACUUUGGCUCUAAAGCUUUAAGAGCAAAUGAAAGGAGACAUUACAAAUCCAGGCCUUGUAAGAAGAUCUCAUUAACAGGCUGGAUUGUGGUGUUGCCUGAUGACCCUGAGCAUCCAAACAUGUUUCAGCUCAAUGACCCUGAUAAAGGUAAUGUUUACAAGUUCCAGACUGGAUCUCGCUUCUCUGCAAUCAUCUGGCAUAAGCACCUGGCUGAGGCCUGCCGGUGUAUAACGCCACAGAUACCAGCCAACUUAAUGUCUUUUGAAUAGCUGCCACCUUGUGAAGGACAAAUUUGGAUGGAAGUCAAGUUUAAAGCUCUGUGGUGUUAUGGUGAUCAUAUUUUGUCAUGUGUUUAUACAACAACCCUGUUGAUCAGGGUACAGUACAUGUGGAAUUUCACUUUGUGGGUUUUGUGCAAUCUAGAAAAAAUGUGCCGAAGAAGAACAGGAAAAAUAGAGAGCAUAAUGAUACCAAAAAUGUCAUAUACUGAGAGGAACACUGCAGGAUUAUAGUCAGUUGUUUCUGCUGUAAUUUAAAGUGAAUCAAGUUUGCACUCAGACUGUGAAACAGGCUAAGGUUUAUACCCAAAAUAUCCUCGUGUAUUAACUUGGAUAUAAUCUAAUUUCCACCAUUUUGGAGCACCACAGUGACACCUGAAAGAACUUCUGCUCUGAAGAGAUUAAUUCAAAGCUGGUUUAUUCCAUUUAAGGAACAAGAAAAAAUUGGCCAGAUUUGUUUAAAAAAAAGAAAAACUAAAUGUAUUUUAAAUAUCUUCUUACAUCCAGCAAAGGGAGGGCUGUGCUUGAAUCCUGCCUGCAAAAUUAUCAUUGCUAAAAUUAUUCUCUUUUGUGGACUACUUUGGCCACAAUAUAGGGGGUGGCGUACAAAAUAAUUUGUCACAUUUGUUAAAUAUUGUACAUAUACCCUUGUUAAAUAUUGUACAUACAUACUACUGUGUGAAAGAUGUCAAACAUUUUGUGUACAAACUAAUACUGUUUUAUUUAUAUGUUUUCAUGUGAACAAGUGCCAAAAGUUUGUAUUAUAAAUGGUAUAAUUAUUUGAUUGUAUUUUGUGAAUUAAGUGAAAAGGCCUGGAAAAUGUGAAAAGUAUUGCAGAAGAAUGAGACGUCCCACUAUAGAAUAAGCAAUUUUUUUUAUGUAUACAUGCACCUAACUUACAGUCCCUCAGUUUAUGAACAUCCUAAAACAGCGAAAAGAUUAAACAUAUACUAAUAAACUUGCAAAUGCAAAUGGAUUAAUCAUCCUUUCAUGGUUUCAACUGAAUAAUAAUUUUUGUGAGAA